CGGCCCAUCACCAUGGCGUGGCGCACGGCGGCCAAGUGGAUGGCCCAUAUCGGACGUGAACGAGGGCGGCUACGCGAGCUGGUCGCGAGGUCGCAGCUCGCCCAUACGUGCACCCCCUUUACACCUUCGCAGUGCACGAUCAUCCUGGCCGCGCUGCGCGACGUAGAGCUCGUUUUGGCGAACGUGCUCCGCAGCAAGGUGGUGAUUUCCCUUUUACCGAUGCAGCUCGUUUCCUUCCUUGAGUUGGGCAUCGACACGCUGGCGCCCCAGACAUUCGGCGGCUUGCAGGAUGCUGCCCAGAAGGAGGCGGACCGACUUUCCAAGGCGGAUAUUUCGGCGGCUUCCAGGGCAUGGGCGCCUUGGGCCAGAGGUGCGUUUGCGAGGGGGGCGUCGGUCGCGCACAAGGCCUCCAAGGUUCCUGUGCCCGACGAGAUCUUACCAUGGAUCCGCCUACGCGACGGUAUGCAGCCCUACGCUCUCAUCAACAACGAUUUGAGGGAGUGGGCCGAGAUCUGGGACCGCCUGUGGGCUAUGAUGUGCCGCAUCCCGAAGCCCGACUCAGGGCAUCGACUCAUUGCCGUCCUCGACUCGUUCCUCCGAAUUUUGGGCAGGUGCACAUCCAGCGACGGCGCUUUCGAGAACAACCUGCAGGCGGAGACCGGGGUACUCAAGGGCUUCUUUGUCGCGAGCGCCCUGCUGGACCUCACGAAGGCCUACGACAUGGCGCGGCCCUCCCAGCUUUUCAAGGAGGGGCCCUUCUGGGGCUACCCGCCACGUAUGAUGUGGAUGCUGAUCCAGCAGUACUGCAUGCCCAGGAGGCUCAAGGGCCACGGGUCGAUCUCCGAGCAGGCGCCUGUUCCGCUGCAGCCCCGCAUGUUGGUUGACGAUGUCUCCAUCCAGUACGUGGGCCCCGGCAAGGCGGGCAUCGCCAGGCUGGCGAAGGCGGUGGAGCUAUUCCAGCAGGACUCGCGCGACCUCAGCUCCAGGUUCAAUUUCAAGAAGUCGGGGCUCGUGCUGACUACGCGUGCAUCCCGAGCCGAGGCUGUUCGGCUACGGGGCCGCAUACCUGUGCGCUCGUGGAUGCGCAACCUGGGGCACGAGACCAUGGGAGUGCGCCCCUCGAGGCAGCAGGAGCGCAUGAGGGCCAACCAGAUGCUCAAGCGCAAGCGCCGCCUGCUCAUGUUCAAGGGUGUGGCGGGGCGCACGUCUUCUAUACUAUGGCGAUCGGGAGCGCAGCCAUCCGUUGGGCAUGGCGCAGGCGUUGCUGGUGUAUCCGGCGAGGUGCUGAAGCAGAUGCGAUCCGUCGCAGCGCUGGUGGCUG